UUAAUACCAUGCCACGCUCCAUUUAUGGAGAUGAGUAGGUAACUCUUGUGUAUCCUGAACCAUAAUCUCUAGUCACUGUUCUUUUUCUGCUUGGAGUCAAGUAUUCUUCCUCCUCUACAACGACAUCUCUAACUGGCAAGGGGUCAUCAUAGUGGUAAGUCACAGUAUAAUCUCUGUCAUAGUAGCUUCUGUAAGGAUAGCUAUAGUAGGAUCUGUAGUAUGGGCAUCCAUAGCCACGGUCAUAAUGUGUAGUCGUAGUAGAACUACUAUAUGGCCCAUAAGUUGUGGUAGUAGUAGUCGAUGGCCUAUCAUAGUAGCCUCCAUAAUAUCCUCCUCUGUAAAGUGAGCUAUAGUAAGGUCUGUAGGAAGAAGAAUAGUAAGGGUAAUAAGAGCUGUAGUAGUAAGACAUCUUUCAAAUUGUUAAUUAAUUUUAUUUCGCUCAAUUAAAAUUUUA